UGGGCUCAGACGGUGGCAUAGGAACGAAAGUGGCUGUUCGGUGCUGUCAAGGUGCCUAUUUCGCUCUUGGUUUCGUGGUCACUACAAUAACUUUCGCAGUCAUGUUCUGGAUUGUAUGGUGCUACUUCGGCGUCGCCAUAGUACACAUCUCAGAUAGCCAACGGCGAGCUUUGGUGAAUUAUUCUUACACAACGAAGCCUCAGCCGACCCCCACGUCGCCUGCUCCUAGGCUUGAGAGCUCGAUCACCAACACCAUUGUCAAAUCGACAGUAGAUGGAGCAACAGUGAUUCGUGGAGCGAGUGCAGCCCGCACUGAAUCAUCAAUAUCAUCUAAUCAAAGUCCAGUAAAAGCAAACGAUGAUAAAGACACCGCACCUGCACCAAUCCUCAGUGGGUCCUCAGAAGAGUCGAAUGAGGACGGCCUCUACGUCAGAAGAGUAUCUUCAGAAGUAGGGGACAACAACCGACCUGACAUUGCUCCUGCCGCGGAUGACUCCGGUGGAAGAAGGAGUUCUCUCGAGAAAGACACAAACAGACGCAGCACUGAGCCAUCUCAAGUGCAUGAUGAUAGUGGAAGGUCGCGGAAACCUGAAGAGUUGGACCGUGGCAAGACGGCUAUGGUCGAAAUAAAACCUGUUUCACGGGAUCACGUGGACAAAGACAGCCCCCUUCCACCUCGACGAGACGAUAUUCAACCUCCCAGGCGCACGGAUUCCAUACCAACUUACGAUGAGUCUGAUUAUCCCCGACGAUAUGACGAAGACAGUGACAGAGAACGCACCAGGCGUCGAUACUCAGAAGGGGAGAAAAGGGUUUAUGCUGACGACGAUAGAUCUGUUGAAAAAGAACGAGACAGGAGGCCUCCUCCUGCUGAUGAUCGAUAUUAUGACGACAGAGUACCUGAUAGAAGCCGGACAAGAGAUGACAGAUAUACAGGCAGAUAUCCAGAAGACACUGUGAGAAGAAGUGAUGACGAUAGAUACUAUAGAGAUCGUGAUUAUGACGACCGUAGGAAAGAAGACAGACCGCGAAUCAGAGGCUCGGAAACAAAACGCAGACCUGAAGAAGACGAAAAAUACAUUCCUAGAGACGAGAGAUAUCGUGACGAUGAUAGAUAUUCAGAAGAGGAAAGGUAUCGUCGCCGUGGUGGUGUUGGAUAUAGCUCAAGAGAUGAGGAUGAGAAAUAUAGAUUGCGAGAUGAAGACAGGUAUAUAGAUGAAAGGGACAGAACAUAUAUUGCUAGGAAACCCUUGGUUAGAGAAAGAGAUGAUGGGAAGGAAUAUAUACCUAUUUCUGAUGGUAAAGUGAGGGACAGAGGUUAUAGGGAUCCACCCGUAAUUAGCAGAGUAGAUUCAGAGAGACCCUUAAGGAGCGAUAGACCGAUUGCUCCUAGCUAUGAUAGACCCAUUGAAAAUCCUCGGGACAAGGCAUACGUCGCAGAUGACAUAGUUCCUUCUAGAGUUGAUGCCCCCUCAAGAAGAGCUGAAGACAAAUAUAGAGACCGAGAUGAUGAAUACAGAAGACCUACCCGAUAUGAUACGAUCGAUGAAGUUCGUGAUAUCCGACCAACGAAGACUCGAGACGUAGAGUAUAUUGCCCCACCUAGUAUUAGUAGCUCUCGUCCCAGAAAUGACGAAAGAUAUAUUGAUCGGGAUGACUCUCGGCGUAGAGAUUAUGACGAUGUGGGUAAAAGGAGAGCUGACGAUUCUAGAGGUGUUCCGAUUGCAGGUUCAAGGAGAGUGGUUCAAGAAGAUGAAUAUCGGACGAGGACUCCCAAUGAAAGGCGCGGUGAGGAAGUGGUUCUGGAUCGCCGUUCUUACGCAUCUGAAGAAGAAGAUUAUCGACGAAGCGAUUCUAGAACUCGAACUGCUUACGAUGACGAUCGCGUUCGACGACCUACAUAUAGCGACGACAGACGAGACUACGAAAGUCCCAAACGAGCGUAUGUAGAAGAAAGACCGUCUCGUCCAACGAGAGUCGAUGACGAUUAUGAUCGCUCUCGGCCAAGAGGAGAUUAUGACGGUCCCAGAACGAGACAACGAGACAGGCCUGACGAUGAAUACCGACGAUAUGACAGAGAUGAUGAUCGUCCGGUCUCUGACAAGUACAUUCCUCGUGAUGAUGACCGUUCUGUCUCUGACAAGUACAUUCCUCGUGAGGAUGACCGAUACCUUCGUGAUGAUCGUCCACGUUCGACCAUAAGAGAAUACUCAAGUUAUCCUGAAGACACCAGUAGAGCAAAACCAAGAGAUUCCGACAGAUUAGCAGGUAGAAAAGAUGAGCUCCCCAGGUCAGAGAGUAGAGACAUAAGACCUAGAAUAGAUAGGUACGAUGAUACACCUCCCAGAACUGAUACUAGAGAUCCAUAUGCAUACUCGGAUAGUCGAAAAUACGACGAUGUCCCUUCUUCUCAAGGCAGUCGCGUUUUGAAAGACGUAUAUGAGUCUGGCAGUAGUGCAAGUUCCAGACGUAAUCUUGAAAGUUCAAGUGCAAAAGAGCCUUUGAUUGGUCCUCCCAUAACAUCAUCCGUAUAUUCGAAAGAGCCAAGCCGCGUGGUCCUUCGUGAAAAAAGGUAUCAAGUCACAGAAUCGUCCAAACAUUUAAGGGAUGAUUCCUAUUCUGAAACGCGAGGAGUACAGAGAGAUCAGGCUGAUGGCUUCGUCGAGCGUCCAUUUGAUGUUAAAGAUGUUAUUGGAACAGCUAUCCGACAAAGUGACGGAGAACGGCAAAAUCAAAAAGUACACUAUCCCGUGCAUGAUCCCAGAGCCAAUCUAACAUCAUCUGAUGUUAUAAGAGCCAGUGAAAGAAGGGGAACUACAAUUACUGCUAAACGAAGGAGAAAAAGGACAAUGGAAUACAUUUUGCCAAAAUGAUUUACAUACGAGAGCAUCCAUUGAAUGCUUGAAUAAUUCAGCUUUCGAAAUCUUACGCUGAACCUGUUCGGAAGCAAAGAUAUGAUAUCAAUUGAUUUGUUACUGGAACUUCUGUAAAUGCAGUAAGCACUUGCAUGCUUACUAAUUAAUUUAGUCGUUGAUUCAUAAAAUACGUUUGUCAUUUCUGUGAUACAGACAUUUACAAAACAUAUAAAUUUUCAAGCGAAAAGAGAAAUGCCAGUAUUUUUAUGUACCAUCUUCCAAAAUAUUGGCAUCAGACAAUGAGGUUCUUUUAAAUUUGUUUUGGAUAGAAUAAGUUAAAAUUUUUUAAAGUUGGACAAGCACGUAUUUGGGCUAAUAUGUAGUUGACGCUGUAUGUAUCAGUUGCAACCUUUCGUGUAAUACUUUAGGUCACGAAUUGCCUAGAUCAUGGUUCUUUCACCUUAAAUUCAAGUCCUUACAUCUAUGAGUAGCAUUUUUGAUUUUAAAAUGACUAUAUAAGAUCUGUAUGGAUACUGAGAAAAAGACUGCAGGUUAGAUUUCUGUGCUUAUUUUCCAAGGGAUACAUUUCAUGAGUUCAUGAGAGAUCUACGUUAGAAACAGAUGAAAUGUAAUAAUGUGUAUGAUUUGUCACAGCGGAAAUUUAAAAGAAAAGUGUUGCUGUAGUGCUUUGCAAUGUAUGGCUUUGAUAUGAAUCUGCUUGACGAUAUUACUAAAAAAGAAUCUUUCGUUUUUUUGAACGUUGUCCAUAUUUUGGUCCAGUUUACCACGCCAAGAAUGGUAUAAUGCAGUAAAAAUAAAAGUGAAAACUAUACAUUAACUACAAUAGUUCUAUGGCUUUUUUAAGAUUAAGGAUUUCUCCCAUCAGAAUUUUUCUUUGUAAAUAAUGUCAAUAAAAAUUUUUCAUGUGUCUGAAA